CGGUUACUCUCCCUCUCCCUCUCUGUGUACUGACUCUCAGGAUUAUCACUGAGCUGAGCUCAAAUGAGCGACUUUUCCAGGAUUAAUCACUUUUCCUUGAGACUUUAGGUUGCAGUUCUGUGUCACCGGGCAGGAUGCAGUGUGGCUUGCUGCUGUGUCUGCUGCUGCUGAUUUCCUCACUGAGAGUGAGAGGCCAGAACAGACGGAAAGGCAGACAGAAGGCCGAGAAUCUGGUCAUCCAAAAUGAAGGAAAAACCCUAAUCUGCCCAGUGGAGGUGGCCUUUCUCGUGGACAGUUCUGAGAAAGCCAAUGCGAUUCAGUUCGACAAGCAGCGAGACUUUGUGACACGUUUCGGCAUGCAGCUGGUGCAGCUGCAGGUGCCCGGCUGGCGGCUGCGUCUGCGGCUGGCACUGUUGCAGUACAGCAGCACCGUCUCUGUGGAGCACAACUUUCGCGACUGGCAGGACGUGGACGUCUUUCAGAGCCGAGUGGCCACCAUGUCCUACAUCGGCUACGGCACCUACUUGGCCUACGCCAUCUCCAACGCCACCCAGCUGUUCGUCAGGGAGACAGCGGGCAGCAGCCUGCGCUUUGCCCUGCUGAUGACAGAUGGACUGGACCACCCGCGCAGCCCCAGCGCUGUUGCCGCGGCUGCAGACGCCAAAAACCACAACAUCCGGAUUUUCGCCAUUGGGCUGUCGCCUCCGACGCGGGAAGGCCAGAGCUAUGCCAGGCUGCGGUCGCUCGCCAGCGCCCCCCCAAAGCAGCACGUCUUCAACCUUGAGGACACUGACCUGGAUGAAAGACUGUUUUCUGAACUGGUGAGUCUUUUGUCUCUGUUGCAGUGUCCACAACCCAAAUACUGUCUGUGUGAUAAAGGAGAGAGGGGACCUCCAGGAAACCCAGGUAAACCAGGCAAUCCAGGCCCUACUGGACUUCCUGGCCCGAAAGGAUACAGAGGGGCGCCUGGUUUGAAUGGCCGGCCGGGAAUAGAGGGUGUUGAGGGAAGAUCAGGAGCUAGAGGAGAAAAGGGCGAGAGAGGAGAGUGUGGCGCCCCGGGGAUGAAGGGGGAUCAAGGUGCACAUGGACCGCCUGGGUCUCGUGGAGCUUCAGGAGAGCAGGGUCCUAUUGGUUACCCUGGAGACGCUGGUCCAGAGGGUCCACCUGGACUUAAGGGCGACCGUGGACCCGCUGGAGCUUCUGGUCCUCCAGGGAAUGCUGGAGUUGGAUUUCCCGGCCCAAAGGGAGACAAAGGUAUUCAAGGCAGACCCGGUUCAGUCGGCCCUGUUGGUAUAGGAGAACCAGGAGUACCCGGUCCACCAGGACCACCAGGAGUGCAAGGAAACCAAGGUUUGCCGGGUGAGGGCUUACCAGGUCCUAAGGGAGACAGAGGCUAUGAAGGUCCAAAGGGUCUACGUGGUCCUCCAGGCUUGGGCGUUAAGGGUGAAAAGGGGAACACAGGAGCUCAAGGAUUGCCAGGCCCAGUGGGAUUUCCUGGAGCUGGGCUCCAGGGAGAAAAGGGUGACCAAGGACCAAUUGGGCCACCAGGCCCCAGAGGAACUCCUGGUGGGGGUGUAGUUGGGCCAAAGGGGGAUCAAGGCUUUCCGGGUGAACAGGGACCACCAGGAGAAAGAGGGAUUGGAGAAUCUGGUCCAAAGGGUGAGCCAGGACCAGAUGGUGCCCCUGGUAUUCCUGGCAUCCCAGGAGAGGAUGGAGUUGUGGGACCAAAGGGUGAGAUGGGGUUACCAGGGUCAAGAGGCUCUGAUGGUACACCAGGAAGAGGAAUUCCAGGAGAAAAGGGCGAUCGAGGUGAGCGUGGCCUUCGGGGUCUUCCUGGAUCCCCUGGACCUGCAGGACCAUCGGGGGCUAAAGGAGAGCCUGGUAGUCCAGGUAUGAUGGGAAUGCCUGGACCCCCCGGUCGUGGACUGCCUGGUUCAAAGGGCGAACCAGGCCCCGUGGGUCCUCCGGGUGCUGUGGGAGAGCCCGGCGUUGGGAUUGCAGGGUCAAAGGGUGAUAGAGGACCAGCGGGAGCACCUGGACCACAAGGGAUAAAAGGGGAGGGCUACCCUGGGCCUCAGGGACCUCCGGGGUUGCAAGGACCUCCAGGGGAGAUGGGGCCAGAGGGGAAAGGAAUUGUGGGAUCUAAGGGAGACAGAGGUUUACCUGGGGGUGCUGGACCACCUGGACCACCGGGAGUAGGCCUUAUGGGACCAAAGGGUGCUCCUGGCCGAUCAGGCCCCCCUGGUCCUCCAGGUCUACCUGGAGAGGGAAUCCAAGGCCCUAAGGGGGAGCCAGGAUUUCAAGGACUGCCAGGCCCCAGAGGACCCCCAGGAGACAGCCUCCCAGGAGAGAAGGGUAACAGAGGUCUAACAGGUGAACGUGGGAGGAAAGGAGACAGGGGGGAUUUUGGACCACCUGGACAAACAGGACCAGAGGGAAAACUUGGAGAGAAGGGGGAACCCGGCCUUUCGAGAGAAGAAGUGAUUAUGAUAAUCAGAGAAAUCUGCGGCUGUGGUAUGAAGUGCAGAGAGAGUCCGCUGGAGUUGGUGUUUGUGAUCGAUAGCUCCGAGAGUGUGGGCCCGAAGAACUUUGGGGUUGUGAAGGACUUUGUGAACGCGCUGAUCGACCGCGUGUCUGUGAGCAGAGAGACUACGCGGGUGGGGGUGGUGCUGUACAGUCACAUAGACAUGGUGGUGGUCAGCCUGCAGCAGCUGUUGGACCUGGCCAGCGUGAAGGCCGCAGUGAGGAACAUGCCCUACCUCGGCGAGGGCACUUUCACAGGCAGCGCCAUCCACCGCGCCACGCGGCUCUUCAAGGCCUCGCGCCCAGGCGUCAGGAAGGUUGCUGUGGUGCUGACGGACGGGCUGGCGGACAGACGGGAUGAGGUGCUGCUGGAGGACGCGGUAGAAGAUGCGCGCGCUGCCGGCAUUGAGAUAUUCGUUAUUGGGGUGGUGAAACACAGUGACCCUUCGUAUGCCAGCUUCCAGAACGAGAUGAGCUACAUAGCUUCAGACCCUGAUGAGGAGCAUGUCCACCUGAUCGAUGACUUCAUUAGCCUGCCCACCUUGGAAGGCGUGUUACUAAGUCGGAUCUGUGACCAGGAUAAUGGUGCAAUAUUCAGUCCAGACCAGAAUGUUCUGUUCCCACCUAAACCUGAACCUGGAUUAGAGACUCCAGAGAUAUUCACCGAUGAUAACUUCGGUACAGCUGGCAAAGAGACUGAACCUCCGCUGGAGCCCGAGACUCCCUCUCCCCCUCAUGGAGAAGAUGGCAGUGCUGAUAAUGAAAUCGAGAAGGGCAGGAAGACGUCGUUUUUCGAGGGGUCAGUGAACGAGCUCAGUGAGCUCACGGCAGCUUCGUCUGGCAGUAGAGCCAAUCUCCAGUCCCCUGGCGUGUCUGUGAUGGGACCUCCUAACCCCGCCGACUGGCUGCCUGGCCUGGAGAGAAGCCCACCUCCACAGAUUCUACCUCCCCCUCGACAGCCCGACGGCUUCAUACCAGGUGUGGACUGCAGGCAGCGGUUAGACCCUGGGCCGUGCAGGAACUACGAGAUUAAAUGGUACUAUGACCCCGAGGCCAACGCUUGCGCUCAGUUCUGGUACGGUGGUUGCCAUGGCAACAGCAACCGCUUCGGAACGCAAGACAGCUGCAGGAAAACCUGUGUACGAACGUAACCGGACAUUCACCGAAGCUCAAAAUGGCUCGUUGCUUUUCACCGUGGUGAUUUAGCGCAUUUCCUUUGGCGUAUAUUGAAUUGCAUUGCACUGUACAGAUAAUGAGCUGUUUAGUUCACUGGCCUCUUGAGAGGAAGAUGCUGCAGCCAGCUAUAGCCUACAGGUUGAAUAUACAGGUUCAUGGACUAAAAAAACAGAGUUCGCUGUUUGAACUGAUUAACAAAGUUAUUAGGACUGUGCGUUUCAUUGUGUAAGGAUUUAGUGAUCUAUUAGGCAAAUUUAUAUGGUUUACAAGAGCUAACAAUAAUCUAUUUACCCUCAUGCAGUGUAAAUACAACAUGUCCUACAUAGUAUAAAUCCUUUUUCUGGAAAAUGCCACUUACUGGCUGUAACUACAUGGUAGAGGCAUGUACAGUACUGUGCAUUAUAUUUUCCCCCAAAAAUGAAGGCGUCUUUGUCAUUUUGGGGGGUCAGUUUUCCAGACACAGAUUAGGUUUAUGUUAUUUCACUAUAAGGGACUUUUUUAAUGAAGAAUCUUUGUUGAUAGUGCGAUUUAAGUCUAGAUUUAAUCCUUGACUAGGCUUAAUUAGCAGCCUGAAAACCACCCCAGAAUGUCUGUGUUCAAAACUGCUGUCUUUAAUAACUGAACUAACAGUAGUUUCCAAGUUUUUGUUCAGUUUUAUAAUCUGGCCUAAGGAAUACAGGAAUUUUAUAGAGUAAAAUUGUACUUGAAACCCUGCUACACGGCAUUGACUUAAUCAUGCCAUAACCGUGUUAUGACAGUUUUCGUUCAUUAAUAUUCACUAUAUGGCCAAACGUAUGUGGACACACCUCCUAAUUACUGAGUUCAGGUGUUUCAGCCACACCCGUUGCUAACGUGUAUAAAAUCAAGCACAUAGCCUUGCAGUCUUGAUAGACAAACACUGACUAAAACUAAACUUGGCACUGUUAUAGGAUGCCACAAGUCGGUUUGUGGUAUUUCUGUCCAGCUAGAUCUGCCCCAGACAACUGUAAGUGCUAUUAUUGUGAUACGGAAGCAUCUCGGGAGCAUCUAAACAAAGCGGGGCUGCCGAGUGCUGAGGCAUGUUGCAUAUGAGAAUCGCCACCAUCUGUGGCAGAAUACUGUUCCAGAAUACUUCUGGAAGCAACAUCAGCAAAAGAACUGUGUCAGGAGCUUCAUGAAAUGGCUUUUCAUGGCCGAGCAGCUGCAGCCAAGCCUAAGACCACUUUUUGCAACACCAAGCGUCAGCUGGAGUGGUGUAAAGCACGCUGCCACACCAAACUCCAGAUCACAAUAUGUAGUAUGUAUGUAGCCCCACUGAACACCUUUGGGAUGAACCGGAAUGUCAAUUGCCGGCCAGACCUUCUCAUCCAACAUUGUGUCUGACCUCACAAAUGCUCUUUUGACUAAAUGGCCACAAAUUCCCACAAACACACUCCAACAUUUUGUUGAAGGCCUUCUCAGAAGGGUGGAGGCUGUUAUAUGGCAUAUAUGACUAAAUGUCAAUAACCUUAGUUUUGGAAUGGGAUGUCCAACAAGCUCAUAUAGGUGUGAAGGUCAGGUGUCCACAUACUUUUGACCAUAUAGUGUAACAGUGUCAUGUUACCAUUACCGGUAACCGUAAUGACAGAUGUCAUAAUGUUUGAUGUCAUGUCACAUAUCUAUUUUUACAUAUUCUAGUACAUAAAAACAAACAUUACAACAUCUGUAAUGACAAUAACUGCUAAUGGCAACAUGACAUUGUUAUUAAUGAACAAAUGACAGCAUAUAGCACGUUUAUAGAAUGUUUAUGACAAUGUUAUGUAGCAGACAUCAAGAGUUACUUUUAAUAGAUGUUCUUUAUAGUUACAUAGUAAGUAUCUUAGUGUAAUAUCGUAAUGUAUGGGUGUUGAAUUUACAUAACAGGCCUUGCCUUUUAAACUAAUGGUUACACAAAGAGGCAUUUGCACGACUUCUGAAUUCACAUUCUGGACUCCUGCAACAUUUUUUGUCUCUCUUCUCGUAGCAAGUCUAACUAACUAUCCCAGAAUACUGCAUCAGCUCAUGUUCUGUUCCUCCUCUUUGUAAAAUGUGUCUUACUGUGUAUUUCAGAGAAGUAGAGACAGUAGAUAAUUUUAUAUUUUAAU